AUGUGUAACGGUGCAAAAAUACUAUUUGUGGUACCAUCAAAAUCAUACAGUCAUCAAAUGUAUUUCAGACCAAUUUUACAUGAGUUACUAAACCGAGGCCAUGAAAUUGUUUACCUAACAACACAACCAAUAAAUCAACCAACAUUAAUAAACUUAACUGAAAUAAAUUUAGAAUCUAAAAGGAAAUUAAAUAUUCCUGAUCACAAACAAUUGAAUAUGUAUACAGAAAAUCAAUUUCCGUUUCUGAAUUACAUGAAGAAAAUGAUAGAAACUGGAAUAGAUAUCGCUUUUGAGCAUUCAACAGUUCAAGAACUGGUUUCAAACAGAACUAAUUAUCAUUUCGAUAUCGUUGUGAUGGAAUGGAUUGCGAUACCGUACGUAGCGUUUAGUAAGCUUUUUAAUUGUCCGGUUGUUGGAAUGUUAUCUGUCAUGAAUACAUUUCUUUUGGAUAUCGAUAUGGGACUUCCAAUGCCUUUAUUACAAAGUGUAGAUACAUUAUAUGCUUUUUCACAUCCUGUUAAAUCCAUCACAAGACGUUUAUAUAAAGUAUUGGUACAGUUAUGGUACUAUCCAAUUAGAUCGGAAUCAAUAGCAUGGGAAAAGAAAAUUGCAAAAAAAUAUUUUGGUUUAGAAGAAAUUGAAUACAUGGAAGCCAGAAAUAAGAUGAAGGUUUGUUUAGUUAACCAACAUCCAGCAUUUACGGGAUCCGUUAUUCAAUCACUGGGUGUUGUGAACAUUGCUGGUUUGUUUUAUAAAACAAUUAAUCCCUUACCUAAGAACUUACAAGAUUUUCUAGACAAUGCUACACAAGGUGUGAUUUACUUAAGUUUUGGCACAAAUGUUCAAACUCAAUCAUUUCCUCCAGAAGCUUUGAAAGUUUUAAUCGAAGUCCUAACGAAUUCACCGUACAAAGUUUUAUGGAAAUCAAAUAAUGAUUCUAGCUUCAAGGAAUAUCCAAAUAUCUUAGCACAAAAAUGGUUUCCACAAAAUGAUGUUUUAAAUCAUCCGAAUAUCAAAUGUUUUAUUACACAAGGGGGAAUGCAAUCUAUAGAAGAAGCUAUUUUUGCUGAGGUGCCAUUAAUUCCAAUUAAUGUUUUUUCGGAUCAACACUUUUUGGCUCAUAGAAUUCACGUACUUAAAAUUGGAAUUCAACAGCAACUGGCAACAUUAAACAAAAUUGAACUGCAAGACGCUAUUGAAAAUGUUAUAAAGGACCCGAUAUAUAAGGAAAACAUAAAAAAAUUAUCAAGUCUAUACCAAGAUCAAAGAAAUCCGCCAUUGGAUACGGCAGUUUGGUGGAUUGAGCAUACCAUCCGCCAUAAUGGCACCGAAUACAUGAAAAAUCCCUUAAAAGAUUAUUCAAUUAUUGAAUUUUAUAUGUUAGAUGUGGCAAGUGGAUACAAUUUAGUGCAACGUGUCAGAUAG